UCUCUCAAAUAGUCCCGUUGGAUCAACUCUGCAACAUCUCCUCCAUGACAGACCUUUCUCUCUCAUCUCUCCUGCAAUGAAGAACCAUCCACAACCUCUUCUCCUACACCUACUACUGAUACUUUCAUCUCUCCAAUCCAUUUGCGCCAUCGACUUCGUCAGCAACGGCUUCAAUUCCUCCACUAUAUCUCUCUACGGCAACGCCACAAUCGAAUCUGGUUUUCUCUCUCUAACAAACGCCUCAAAUUUGACAAUCGGCCGAGCUCUAUACCCUUCAAAAAUCCGCACAAAAAACCAAAAUUCGUCCUAUGUAUUACCCUUUUCAACCUCUUUCAUUUUUGUUAUGGCUCCUUAUAGGAAUCGCCUUCCUGGGCAUGGAUUAGUUUUCCUGUUUGUUCCUCAUACAGGUAUUGAAGGUGUCGAACCAUCUCAGCAUUUGGGUCUGUUUAAUCUUACGAACGAUGGGGAUCAAAAUAACCAUGUUUUGGGUAUUGAGUUUGAUGUGUUUGAUAAUCAAGAAUUCAGAGAUCUCAAUGACAAUCAUGUUGGGAUUGAUGUGAAUUCAUUAACAUCUACGAGUGCUUAUGAGGCUGGGUAUUGGCCUGAUAAUCGGAAUUCUUUCAAGAAAUUGAAGCUGAACAAUGGCAAAAACUAUCAAGUUUGGAUUGAUUAUGCAGAUUUUCAUCUCAAUGUUACUAUGGCGCCAGUUGGGAUGAGAAGGCCUAGCAGGCCAUUAUUGAAUGUUUCACUUAAUCUCUCUCAAGUUUUUGAGGAUGAAAUGUAUGUUGGGUUUACUGCGGCUACUGGGGUUUUGGUUCAAAGUCACAAAAUCUUGGGUUGGAGUUAUAGUAAUUCGAAUUUUUCGCUAAGUGAAGCCUUAAUUACCAAGGGUUUGCCAUCGUUUGAGCUGCCAAAGAGUCCGGUUUAUCGAUCAGAAGGGUUUAUUGCAGUCAUGACUGUGGGAUUUUUCUUUAUUGUUGUUGUGUGUUCUGUAGUUUCUAUGUGUUUGAUUAAGAGGAAUAGAAGAAGAAAAAGGGAGAGAGAGGAAAUGGAAGAGUGGGAAUUGGAGUAUUGGCCACAUAGAAUUACUUACCAAGAAAUUGAUGGGGCAACAAAGAGUUUUUCUGAUGAAAAUGUGAUUGGAAUAGGAGGGAAUGGGAAGGUUUAUAAAGGGGUAUUGCCAGGAGGGGCAGAAGUUGCGGUGAAGCGCAUUUCACAUGAGAACAGUGAAGGAGUGAGGGAAUUCUUGGCAGAGAUUUCAAGCCUUGGAAGGCUAAAGCAUAGAAAUUUGGUGGGUUUAAGAGGUUGGUGUAAGAAGGAGAAAGGUAGCCUAAUUUUGGUUUAUGACUAUAUGGAAAAUGGUAGUUUGGAUAAGAGGCUAUUUGAAUGUGAUGAAAGCAAGAUGUUGAGUUGUGAAGAAAGAAUUAGAAUUUUGAAAGAUGUGGCUUCUGGGGUCUUGUACUUGCAUGAAGGGUGGGAGUCCAAAGUCCUACAUAGAGACAUUAAGGCCAGCAAUGUAUUACUCGACAAAGAAAUGAAUGCAAGGUUGGGGGAUUUUGGGUUAGCCAGAAUGCAUGGGCAUGGUGAGGUUGCUAGCACGACUCGUGUAGUUGGAACCGUAGGGUACUUGGCACCAGAAGUGAUUAGAAGUGGCCGUGCAUCAUCACAGACCGAUGUAUUUGGAUUUGGGGUCCUGAUUUUGGAGGUCAUGUGUGGUAGGAAGCCAAUUGAGGAAGGCAAACCACCUUUGGUAGAUUGGGUUUGGCAACUAAUGGGGCAAGGAGAAUUACUUAAUGCUCUUGAUGAGCGGUUGAGGGCUAAUGGAGGGUUCCAAGAAGAGCAAGUGGAGACAUUGCUUCAUUUAGGCUUGUUAUGUGCGUAUCCAGACCCUCGUGCUAGGCCAACAAUGAGACAAGUAGUAAAAGCCUUCCAAGGCAAGAAUGAGAUUGAUGAAUCGGAAGGUGAGGACAUGGAUAUCUACCUCCUUGACAAGAUGAAAUCUACGGAACUUUGGUCCCAAUAUGGGAGUUUUAGCCAUCGGUUACACCCAACAUUUGCAGAGAUCAGAGAGGGAUUGUCUUCUUCCAUGUCACUUUCUUGGUCCAAUACUACAGUUCAGGGGUCAAACAUGCUUGGGAAUCAAAGUGCAGAUGUUGGAGCAAGUGAGGUUCAUGUGCAAUUUUCUUAGGAUUAAGUGGGAAAGGUUUUGUUUCAAUAUUUGUACUUUAUUUAUACCUUAAUUCAUAUUCAUUGGGUUGGAUAUUGUUGAGAAAACUAGCUGUUAUUUCUUUUUUCUUUUUUUUGAUUUUUUGCUUGUGAGAAACAUAAUUAGGCAUGUUGGUGUACAUACAUAAGAUCUUUGAUGUACUAGUGGAAAAUUAAGCUUUAAUUCAU